AUGCUUAUUUUAGCUAUAGUAAAGCCGUUCUCGAAGUGUGGGAAGAAAGAACCAGCUCCCACUCGUCGCGCCCCAGUGGUAGAUGCUCUUCUAGCGUUUCCAGGAAGCUCUACAGCUCGUCAGCACCGAAGCCUGCACCUCGUCCACCAGGUGCGGCAACACGAUCUCGACGGGGCGCACGAGGAUUCAAUGAAGGCGGUGGCGUUGAUGACACGGAUAUCGGCUUGA